AGCCCACGUUGGAAUCAAAUAUGUUUCUGCUCACUGCCAGGUCACGGUCGAUGAGACGACGGGUUCAUAAAUGUUGUGCCAUAGUAUUUUAGUAUUCCAUGUUAGACUCGUCCCCCUUUGUCCCCACUUCAUAAGUUGGUAGAUAUUUGCCUGUCAAAUCGUCUUUGGUGUGUGCCUCUGUUGUUUUCGCUGCGUACAACGUGGAAUAUUCACCAGCAAGCGCCGUCAUCAACGUCGACACGCAACUUUGCAGUCAGACAAACCAGAUCGCGCGCAUCCAGCUAUUGGGCGGGCAAGUAGGAAGACGAUCGAGAUAAAUAGACAUGAGAGGCGGGCAGGAAAUAAACAGUGAACCGGAGAGAGCGGUCGCGAAAAGAACCGCCAGUUUCGAACGAAGAGGAAAGUGGUGAGAAAAAAGUCGGACUUUGAAAGUCCCGGAAGAGAGAGAGAGAAAAAGAAGUGCUUGAAAUCGCUUGUUGGUGACACGAGUCCUCUCAUCGUCGGCACUCGAUGGUGCGGAUGUCCUUUUAGACCGAACGCUUGCGGACGAGAUGGACAUUGCUCCGCUUGUAUAUGAAAUCUACUUGUAUUUUCAACCGACCAGUGGAAACAUUUGUUUUUUGAAAUCGCGUGAUUUGUAAACAUAACCGCACACAUUUUGAUCCGUGCAACACGCAUCCUCUCUUUUGCCAGUGUCGGAUAAAUAGACCGCAAUCAUGCUGGCCAACAAGACGAAUGGGAGGGCAUCAAACAGCUGGACGUUACCCAUCACCCUGUUGCCAUGGCUUUUCAUCUCGAUGGCAGUGACGGACAGCCGCUAUUUGCCGGAAUUCGAGCGGCCUCUGCCCAACCAGACGGUGACGCUGGGCGCUGAGGCCGUCCUGUCGUGUCACGUCGCUCAUCUCGGCGGCUACAAAGUCGGCUGGAUCAAGUCGGAUUCGAAAGCCAUUCAGGCCAUCCACACGCACGUCAUCACGCACAACACCCGCAUAUCCGUGCGCCACUUUGGCCAUUCCGUCUGGCAGCUGGUCAUCGCCGACGUCCAGCGCGAGGACGAAGGCCUAUUCAUGUGCCAAAUCAACACGGAUCCCAUGAAAAGUCAGGUGGCUUACCUGAGGGUUGUCGUGCCGCCAGAGAUCGAGCCCACCGACAGUGGAACUAAUGACGUCAUGACUUCCGAAGGCAGUUCCAUUAAAUUGGGAUGCAAAGCAAAAGGUGAUCCUCCGCCCACAGUUCGCUGGCACCGUGAAGAUGGCGAAGACAUCACAAUGCGGACAGUCAACGGCGAACGUCUCCGCUUCGCAACGUACGAGGGUGAAACGCUGUCGCUGAUCAGAAUCAGCCGGCUCGACAUGGGCGUCUACGUUUGCACGGCUUCCAACGGAAUUCCGCCGGCCGCUUCCCGCCGGAUUGCCGUAAACAUUAAUUUCAAUCCGGUCAUCAACGUCCCCAAUCAGCUGAUUUGGUCAACCCAAGGCAAUAAUUUCACGAUGGAAUGCAACGUCGAAGCGUUCCCACGCUCCGUUAACUAUUGGAUUAGAGGCGACGGCGAAUUGAUCAUUUCGGGCAACAAAUUCGGUGUGUCUGAAGUGCGUGACUCGAUAUUUGCUUCCAGGAUGGCACUGACGGUGCACUCGUUCGAAAAAUCUGAUAUUGGCAAGUACCGGUGUAUCGCCAAGAACUCGCUGGGCGAAGUUGAAGGACGCAUUCACGUCUACGAAAGUAACUCAUGGCCGGCUGCCCGGGCAACGACAAGGAGGUCAAUCGACUACUCUGAAGAUCUGGAAGAGGCCAAUAACGGCCUCGAUCAUCACCACCAGCAUCGGCAGCAACACCAGCAGAGGCGACAGCAACAGGACCAUGAAGUGGACGAGCGCAAUGACGUCGAAGAUGAAGAUGAAAUUCACCAGCAAGGCGAUGGUUCCUUGAUAUUAUCAAUGGCACCGCCAGGUCGCGACACUUUGCAUUACCAGUUGACGACGACCGAGCGGAGCUUGUGGCGGAGUGGCAGCCGCAGCGGCUCGUCCGCCCUCGCGUCCCCUUGGCUUCCGCUGUUUUCUUCGGCCGCGUUCACUUCUCUCCUCUGCCUAGUCCCAUCUUUCCCCCGUUUCAUUCCGUUUUGCCGUUACAUUUAAAAAAUCGCGAUUUACUCCAUCAAAAUUAUUACGAUUAUCAAUAUAAUCCGUUUGUCCAUC